GUUACGAAGAUUAAAGAGAAGCAUGACGCGGAUGAGGCCAGGGAGCAGGCUACUAAGGAAGAAGAACAGAGGAAGAUGAAGGAAAAAGAAGAGGAGGAUCGUAGGCUACGUGAGAAGUUAGACCGAGAGGAAUGGCAGUCGAAGAUGCGAGAGGAUUUGAACUCUCCAUGGGAGAUGGUAUGUCAAAAGAUAGACAAGAAAUAUAAGGAGGGCAAUGAGGUGGCCAAGCUACGGGAAGAAAUUGCCAAACUGGCGCAGCGUAACACUUCGGGUGAGGCAUCUACUUCCGUGGUUAAGCCACCUGUUUACUUCAAGCGUGUUGAACGGUUGAAGAGAGAACAAGAGGAGUUGCGUGCGGUUGCUGAUAGAAGGUUUGCUAUGCUAGAAGAAAAUAUUUCUGGUUUGGUGAAGGAGAAAAGUGAUGCUGAGGCAAGCGCAGAGCUCUGGAAGGCCGAAGCACUGCGCCCAGGGAACAAAAGAGGGAGUAUCGCAGUUGAAACCCCUAGCACGGAGGCGAGAGUACGUCAGCGUGGAACACCUUGCAAGCCACCUACAGACCCUCGAGUGAACCCUUUUCUCAAAGGAAUGGUGGAUCGGCAUAACCUCGAGGUCAACGCGUUGAAGGAGUUGCGCCUGAAAGAUGCGCACGACAGGAUUAAGGCGGAGAAAGAAGUAGUAAGGUUAAGAGACGCUAUGGCCAAGUUGGAGAUGGCAAGAGAGAAGGGUACUAAUCUGAAGAGUAAGUUAGAUGAGGCAGUUGGGCCUUCUACCAGGAAGACUAGUUGUACUUCUGCGAAGAAGAAGAUGUGUGCUGUGUCUCCAGCCGAGCAAAUAGACGAACGAGAAGCUUUUGCACUGAUGCAACGCAAGCGGUUAAAGAAAUUAAACAAGGAUCAGAUAUCGGCCAUCUGUGACAAGGAAGGGAUUGUUACACCAAACUGGAGCAAACGAAGGAAAAAAUCGUGUGCCAGCGAGUGGCCAAAGCCUUCGAGGAUGACAAGGGCAAGGAGGUUUCUCUGGUUGUGGUUACCGAGGAGGAGAGUGGAGACCUGUGGACGCAUGACGGGCAAGACACAGCGGUUUCUUAAUGUCUUGCCCGGACACGACUUCUCUUUGGUAUACUACUCGACAUCUAUGUAAGAUUAGAUAUUUCUCUACUGAGUUUGUAGCGGACCGCUGGUGGUCCCUGGCUGCCUCGUAAGCCAGUGGGGCCGA